UUGCCACCAAAUACACUCCAAAGAGUAACCAAGGAAAUUUUCGACCUUCAAAAGAACAAGAUUGAUGGAAUUGAAAUUCUCACCUAUGAUCCUGUUAGAAAUGUAGACUUGUUGAGUGAUUUGAGCGAGAUUUAUGCUUCUAUUGAUGGUCCACAAGGUACUCCAUUCGAAGGAGGUAAAUUUACUAUCAAAUUGGUCUUGGAUCACGAAUUCCCUAAUAAGCCACCAAAGGGAUAUUUCGUUACCAAGAUUUUCCACCCAAAUGUUUCUACACGUGAAGGUGAAAUUUGUGUGAAUACAUUGAAGAGAGAUUGGAAGUCUACUCUUGGUUUCAGACAUGUUCUCAUGGUUAUUCGUUGUUUGAUGAUUGAACCAAAUCCUGAUAGUGCUCUCAAUGCUGAAGCAGGUAGACUUAUUCAAGAUAACUAUGAAGGUUAUUCAAACAAGGCUAAGAUGUUCACAGAUAUCUAUGCCAAA